AUGAAAAUGAAGUUUUGGACAUCCAUGAAGCCUCCUUCUAGUCUCAGUCUUGCUGAAGAGGACCAUCUUGGGAAGCUGGUUACCCAGUAUUUGAAUCACAUGAACAAUCCAACAGAGAAGAUGAAGGAUGCAGAUCUCAACACUAUAAAUCCAGGCCCUCUAGAGGAUUUUGGUAUGAGGUAUCUUGUCCUUCUAAAUGAGACAAAGGAUACUUUGGAACAAUCUGAUAUGGAACCCUUCCAGUUGUCUAAUCUGGUGUUGAUAAAGGGUCCAACACUCAGACCUGUACAGGAAGGUGGGUACACAGUGAACGGAAUAUUUAUACAGAACUAUGUCUGUGAUUAUUCAGUAUACAAGACCAAGAUCAAUUGUCUCUAUAUUGAUCACGCUCGUUUAACAUGUGUUGAAGAAGGCUUUAAUAAUUACCACAUUUUCUUUGAGAUGUUGGCAGGCCUUACUGCUGAAGAGAAAAGGAAUUUAUACCUGGAUAAUUAUCAGACAUUCAAAGAAUUCCAUUAUCUUUCUACAAGUGAUCCUCCAGCUGAUUUUGACACAUUGAAAAAACAAUUUCAGGAGUGGAAAGACUGUCUCAUCACAUGUGAUGUAUCGUUUACCGAUGUCACCAGAGUCUUGUCUGCUGUCCUCUUGAUAGGAAACAUCACUUUUCUCUCCACCAAUUCUCAACAAUUGGAUCUCAAAAGUCAGAAUGAACUAAAAUCAGUGGCUACAUUGCUGGGAAUCUCAAGUAUGGUCCUUUAUCAAGGGCUCACCACCAAAACUAUCAACACUCCUGAAGGAUUAAACUUAACCCCUAUAGUGAGUACAAUAAAGAUCCAUGAAAACAAAGAUGCCCUUGCUCAGGCUCUGUAUGUUCGGACUGUACACAUGAUUGUGAGGAAGGCAAACAGUUUGCUGAGGACACACGGUACAAAGAAAGGACGAAAUCCAUCAAAUGCAAGCGGAAGUUGUAAAUCUGAUGACCGACUGAGUGCCCAGAAGUCAUUUCACAGUACCACUUCAGAUAGAUCUGUCCCUACAGAAACUGACCGACAAAUGCCUCCUCUGCUAAAUAUCAUUGAUAUGUUUGGAUUUGAAGACCUCACGGAUAAUAAAUUAGAGCAGCUGGCCGUCAACUUUUGCUCUGAGUUACUGGAAAGUUAUCACAAUUCCCAUGCUUUCAACACAUCCAGGAGUAGCAGCAAAGAUGAAACCAGGAAUAAGUACGCCCAAUCAAGCCCUGAGUUGAUUAAAGAAAGAUGUUCAGACAAUCAGUUAGUUGUGGAUCUCAUUUCACACCCGUGGGAUUUGAUUUUUGGAAAAGGAACAAGAUCUGGAGAAUAUGGUGGUUGUCGGACCUGGAGAAUGCUGUGCUUGGCCAAAACCUGCUGUACAAGCUGUGCUGAAUGGGUUAAUGGUAUAUUUAAACUCCUAAAUGACUCUGUUAGAGAGAGUAGAAGCCAUGUUGGUGUCAUUAUCAACAGAAUUGAAGCUACUCACAGCAGAAACUCUUGCCUAAAUAUAAACAGCUUAUCAUCUGCUACUCAGUUUACUAUACACCACUAUGUCGGCAAAGUUACAUACGAUGCUUCAACAUUUAUUGCCAGAAACAAGAACACCAUUUCAGAUGACGUGGUCUGGAUAUUCUCUCAGGAAAACUGUGUAUUUGGUUUUGGAACACAUUUGUUCUACCAAGAAAUUGGAGAUGCGUCAGUUCCUGGACCCCAGGGGAAAUUGUACAAAAUCCUACCUCGUGUUGGUAUUGGAAGGUUGUCCAGGCACACAAACACGUUAGCAGAAGAUUUUUGUUUGAAACUCGAUGAAAUCAUCAAGAAAGUCUCUAUCACCAAACCCCAUUUUAUUUAUUGCCUAAAGAGCAAUGACAGUUCAUCCUACCUGACAUUUGAAACUGAAGUGAUACGAAGACAACUCCAGAGUUUACAAAUUGUAACAACUGCAAACAUCAUCAAAACAACACCAAUACAUCGAAUCAAAUACAGUUUAUUCAACAACCUCUACAAGCUUCUACUUCCUAAAAUAUCAACAGCUGCAGGUCAAAGCCAGGAAGAACUCUGCAAGGUGACCGUUCCCUUUUUAAUUCUUAUUGGUUGUCAUUAA